AGCAGAGUGGACGGCUGUAUAUAGACAAACACAGACUGAUGGUGGAUGCAGAGGCACCAGUCAGGGAGGUAUGGCUGAUGUUGCCUCCUGUUUGCUCCUCUGGUCCUCUUUGGGAGCACAGCUGACCACACUAUCCAUCCCCUCCCUCUUCCUCUCACCUUGCUGCCUCCUCAUCCUCCCUAAGACCAUGGAGGAGGUCACCAAGGUCACGCCGCCUGUCCUUGAACGUCGGGCUCGCCAGCGGCAGCCCACAGUUUCAGUCCUCAAAUCCAAGCUGAAGCAGGGUGUGACCUGCUCGGUGCCCAGAGUCCGAUCCACCCUGACCGGGUUCUUCCCAGUUGUGCGCUGGCUGCCUAAAUACAAGCUCCGCGAGUACGUCUGGGGCGAUGUGAUGUCCGGAGUGAUCAUUGGUAUCAUCUUGGUACCGCAGGCCAUCGCCUACUGCCUGCUGGCAGGAGUGGAGCCCAUCUAUGGUUUAUACACCUCAUUUUACGCCAACAUCAUCUACUUCCUCAUGGGGACGUCCAGACAUGUCUCUGUGGGGAUCUUCAGCCUCAUGAGCCUCAUGGUUGGACAGGUGGUGGAUAAGGAGAUGUUCCUGGCAGGUUUUGACCUCAAUGAGGACUCUGAUGUGUUUAAUACCACACUGAGCACUAACAUCACACUUCACAGCGUGGAGCUGAUGGGUGUGCAGUGUGGGAAGGAGUGUUACUCCAUCAGCAUCGCUGCUGCACUCACCUUCCUGGUCGGAGUCUAUCAGGUCGUGAUGGCCGUGUUUCGGCUAGGCUUCGUCUCUGUAUACCUUUCGUCUCCAAUGCUCGAUGGUUUUGCCACGGGAGCCUCUUUCACCAUCCUCACCGUGCAGGCUAAAUACCUGUUGGGUCUAAAGAUCCCCCGUCACCAGGGAUACGGCACAGUUGUCGUCACCUGGUUCAACAUCUUCGCCAACAUUCACAAGGCCAACAUGUGUGACCUCAUCACCAGCAUCAUCUGUAUCUCUAUAUUAGUGGCAGGGAAAGAGAUCCAGGACCGCUACAAGGAUCGUCUUAAGAUCCCUCUGCCGACUGAGCUCAUAAUAGUUGCAGGAGCUACACUGGCCAGCCAUUUUGGGGAUCUGAACAGCAAGUACGGCUCCAGUGUAUCCGGUCACAUCCCCACAGGGUUCAUUCCUCCCGAGGUGCCCAGCUUUACUCUGAUGUCACGGUUGAUACUGGAUGCCAUUCCUUUGGCCGUCAUUAGUUUUGCCUUCACGGUGUCGCUGUCCGAGAUGUUUGCUAAGAAAAAUGGCUAUACGGUUCGUCCCAACCAGGAGAUGCUGGCCAUCGGCUUUUGUAAUAUCAUCCCCUCCUUCUUCCACUGUUUCACCACCAGUGCAGCAUUGGCAAAAACCAUGGUGAAGGACUCAACAGGCUGCCAGACUCAGAUUUCCGGUCUGAUCAGCGCCCUAGUUGUCCUUCUCGUCCUUCUCUUCUUUGCACCUUUCUUCUACGCCCUCCAGAAGUGUGUUCUUGCCUGUAUCAUCAUUGUAAGCCUUCGUGGGGCACUGAGGAAGUUCAUGGACCUCCCAGCUAAGUGGCGUGCGAGCCGGAACGAUGGCAUUGUCUGGCUGGUCACCCUGUCAGCCACGGCUCUGAUCAGUGUGGAGAUUGGUCUCGUGAUCGGGAUAGUUUUUUCCAUGAUCUGCAUCAUCUUUAUGACCCAGAACCCUAAGGUCUCUCUCCUGGGCCGAGCCAAUGAAACUGAUCUUUACGAGGACUUGGACGAGUACAAGAACCUCAUGGCGCCACCUCGGGUUCAGGUAUUCCGCUUCCAGGCUCCGCUCUACUACGCAAACAAGGAGUCAUUCCUCAAAUCCCUCUACAAAGCUGUCGGAGUUGAACCUUUCUUGGAGCUGACUAAGAGGAGAAAGGUAGAAAAGAAGGCCAAAGAGAUGUCCUCAAAGCAGGUCAAAGCAAAUGGUGAAAAACACGACUCAGAUGUUGUUGUAGGACUUGUACAAAGAGAACUUGCUUUCCACACAAUAGUCUUAGACUGCUCUGCCAUACCCUUCAUCGACUCAACAGGCAUGGCCACGUUUAAAGGGCUGGUCAGUGAAUAUAAAGAGAUAAGUGUGAGCGUGCUCCUCGCGAACUGUAACACCUCAGUCAUUGAUACUCUGCAGAAAGGAAAAUUCUUUGGGGAAAAUGACAAAGACAUGAGCAGCCUGCUGUUUCAUACAGUUCACACAGCAGUUCUUCAUGCAAACAGCACAUCUGCAGCAGCAGAAAGCAGGUCAGAAGACUCUGUAGUUUAGAACAGUUGGGAGAAGAAGGAAUUGAGGUAUGCUAUUAUGAUAUGAGGUAUGUUCAUGUCAUGCCAUCUAUGACUGCAUACUGCAUACUGCAAGUUAGCUCUUUAGGAAGCUUUGUUCCAGAAAACAUGGGGGUACCAAGAAGAUCAAAUUAGGAAGAGAAUUCUAUCAAGUAACUGUUUGAUGUUUUGGGCCCUUCAAUACCUCAAUAUUUGGUAUCUAUUUUGGUAUCUGUAUUCAGUAUUUUCUCCAAAUACAGCAAAAAUUUGGACAGACCGCCGCAAAAUGACCUGGCGCCAGCAUAUAACGGUAACAGUUACAAAGCCCGACAGUUUAAGAAUAACUUCCUGGUUAGUUCCUAUUUAUUGCUGAUUAAUAUCUGUGUCAUAUAGCAAUGUUGACUCCAAAUAAAGCUGUUUUUACUUUUUAUAUCACUUCAAGCCUUUGGCCAAAGUCCAUGAUGGCUCUUAUCCAGGAGUCUAGAGUUCAGACAUGAAAUAUUCAGCAACUAUUAGCAGUAUUUCCUGAGUUUCCAACUUUGAAAAUUGGAGCUAAAAAUAAUUUCUAAAGGCCAAUUAAACUCUUCCUGACUUAAAGAAGAAGCGCUCCCUCGUGGCGCGAACAGAAGCUUCACGUGACUCACAAGGAGUGCUUUUUCAGCCUCAGUUUCACACGGAGACAGCCUUGCCUUGAAAACAUUGGCUCAUCACAAAAUACUUGUACUCUUGCCCUCUUCCCUGAUGACCCAGCAUGACUUUUCUCGUAAAAAAUAAACGAUUUGCACACAUCUGCAAUCUCUUCUCAGGUGCUAGAUGAAAGCAAGUUAUCAUAUGGUGCUUCUGAAAUGUUUAUCUAAUCUAAUGGCAGCAGGUGAAGCCGUAUUUUUAUCAAAAGGCUUGGCCGCUACUGGUUUGUGAAAUCGAAUGUUUGAAGCAGAUUUUGUCUCUUUGUUAUUGAAUCACUGUUUUUUCCUGAUGUCUUUUAUCCUGUUGCUGCCAAGUGCAUAACUUGACUUGAAGGUACUCCAAUUUAUGUAAUAUCUAAAAAAGGAUGUAUUUUUACCUUUACUACUGUAUCAUAAAGUUUUGAUGAACAUCCGUUGUAUUAAAAUAUAGACAUUCAUUUUUGUAAAUUUAGAAGCUUAUCAUUUUGUAUUUUCAUACACUUAUUUUGUCAUCAAACUCUUUCCAUGUAUUAAUGGCACUUGCAUCAUCACGUUUCAGAUGUUAAACAUGUGUGUAGUCUGCUUGACUUUCAUUUUCACAGUGUUGACAUUCAACACUCCUAUACAGUACAAACACUGCCUUAAUGUUCAAUACUUUAAUAAAACUGAAACGUU